UGAAAACGUCAUCACCUUCUUCUCUGGGCUUUCGUCAGUAUUCGUAUUUGUACGUACCUCAUCGAUAGAUAUUACAGUCACUUCAUCCAGUUUCUCCAUCCAAAUCCUAGACGCCAUACACAAUUCUCCCUUAACUCAACCAUACAAUGGGGUUUCAUUCCAUAUUUCCCACAAAUUUUAAGAGUCUACUUUCCAUCGGCGAAUGAUCGAAUGAUCGUGUCAGUUCGCGUAUAGACACAACCAUUUCUUUCGUCUCUUUUUCUACCUUUAUCUUUUCUCUGCUAGAUCCCGGUGUUUGAUGAGUCACGAUAUGGCAACCGAUGAUUUGGAAAAUGGGAACGCCGUUCUAGACCCGCCUCCAGCGUCCUCCGGUCCGGACGAGUCCGGAUGUUCGUCCGCUUCUUCUGCUAUCGCAAACAACGAUCCGAGCCAAGAGUUGCCCGGCCUACCACGACUCAAUUACCAACUCUUAGAUCACAAGAAGAAGCUUUUCUUAGUUGGAGGCCUGCUAGUCCUUGAAGGAAGCAUAUUGCCACUUGUUCUAUUCUACCCAUUAUGGUACGACACUACUCUUAGACAUGGCAUUCUCUUCGCAAUCAUUACUUCAUUUUUCGGCAUCGUUUCGGGUCUUGAGUUUGCCCACCGUUCAUGGCGUCUGAUUAUGAAAGAUGACUAUUAUCGACCGCUAAACGGUAAGCGCUGGCGCUUCGACUUCACACAUACUACCCUGUCUAUCGGUUACACGGUGAUGACGGGGAUUUUAAUCGGCGCCUCUAUCCCACACGAGCCUUUAGUCCGUCCCCUCGCCAUGCCACUACCCCUAUUCUUCAUCGAAGUGGGCUCUCUUGCUCUGUCAACUGGUGUUAUGGACAUGAAAAACAUGCCUGCUACGUGUAAGGUUAGCUCGACACCGAAAGGAGCGCCGAUCCCUCCCGUACUCUUAACGUUUAUUGAGGACGUCGUCGCUGUCGAUGGUGGUGCGGGGAAGACAUAUAGAGAAAGAUUAUUAGGCAGAUAUAAGGUCAGCAAGGAUUUUAGGAAGUUGAUCAAGGGCCUAAAUUGGUUCUGGGGUAUUGGAUCCAUACUUGUCGGAGCCGGCUCGUUAGCCGUCGUAUGGACCAUACCCCAGGAAAUUGCCUACGGCAUAGGUUGGGGCGCGCCACUUGUUUUCACUAUCGUCUGGACGUUCAUAACAGUAUUGUGGACCCGCAGAAGUCUCAGGAUCGAGAAAAAACGUUGGAUGGCUGACUUGAAACGGAAGAGCCAUCAAGAGAAUGAAAAGCCGCCGGAUUCAUAAAAGUUAGAUGGAUCUAAUAGACUACACUGUGGUCUCGCAUAGAAGAAAUUUAUGAAUAUACAUAACGAGGAAUAACAAGGAUACUUAUAAAUAAUAGAAUAAUUUCAAUUCAGGCCGGUGCACCGGCUCGUGCUCAUCACCAGAGCUCGAUCCCAAC